UUUUAUUUGGGGUGACCAAAAUGUGCAAUUUUCAGACAACUCCAGCAAGUCUGUGCGUAAAACUCCAAGAAGAGGAGGUUUGUACAAGUUGGUACUGCAUUUAGGACACGACUUAUCGGAACAUAUUUUUUACGUUGUCCUGUGAAUUCAGAUGCCUCAUGUAUCUAUCUACCUAUUUAAAAAUCCUCCCUGACUAUUUGGAAACAACUAAGCCACUUGUUCUUGAACCAUCGACAUGUUCACGCGCGGAUCUAAAAAGCGACGGUCGAAUCGCUCGAUCUUUGCUAUCUUUGCUUUCUCGACAUGCGGCAGCUACUCUGGCAUGUUCAAGAUGAGUGUGGAGAGUAAAAACCGGUCAGAGAGUGACCUGAGCAUUGAGGUGACGUUUGAGUAUCCAUUCAGGCUACAUCAGGUGUACUUCGAUGCCCCAACCUGUAAGGGGGAAAGCCCUGAGCGUCUGUUCCUGAUCGGAGACUACUCCUCCUCAGCUGAGUUCUUUGUCACCGUCGGUGUCUUCUCCUUCAACCUUUUGGGAGACGCACAGAGAAGGAACAAGAAAGAGACCUUGAGAUUAAGGCAGCUCCAAGCAAACCUGUGGUUUGUGUUCAAGGAGACCGGCUGGAUGGCAGCCUUCGGAGGCACAUAUGCACCUUCCCAGGAGAAGGCGCCUGCUCCAGAGUCCUUUGGCCAGGAAGGUUAUGGGCAAGAGGGCUACGCACAGCAGGGGGACGCCUAUGCCGGCACCCAGGGAGGCUACCAGCCCGACUAUGGCCAGGGCGGCUACACCGAGGGAGGCGGAGACUAUCAGCAGGGGGGAUACGAACAACAGCCCACCUCCUUCGCCAAUCAAAUGUGAGCUGGUCCACCCUACAGCAGCUGGAAGAUGGGCCACCAUGUGAUUUGGGUGUGUGGUGCCUGACCACCAUCCACAAUUCCACACUCCUCUGUUUGUCUGUUUGUGCAUCUGUGAGUUGACAAGAGGAGGGAGGGAGGGAUGGAAGAAGGUGGGGUCUUGGGAGGGGAAUUUAGCAACACCGUGUCCAUUUUGGGUUAUUUU